AUGCACUUUCUGGCUCGGAUUACCGCCCUUUUCGUGCUUAUCUCCACAGCAUGGGCCCUCCUUUCGUCAUUGCCCGAGACUCAGGUCUUGGUCAUGUACGACGCGACAUUGUCGCUGCCUGAAGACGCCAACUUGGACCAUCUUCUAGAAGUCAAUGACAAGUACAAGGUCAGCUACGUGGAUUACGCUGACGAUGCAGCCCAAUUGUUUUUGGGCGAGGAUUCUAUUUAUAGCCACGUGGUGUUUUUGCCUUCGCUGAAGCGUAGUGCUGCUGCCACCGGUAUCGUGGACAAGUUCAAGUUGCUUGAAUUCUUCAACAAAGGUGGUAAUGUGUUGGCUGUGCUGGCAGCUGAGAGCUCUUUGCCUGAACACGUGCGUUUGUUUUUGAACGAAGCUGGAAUCUACCCUGCUCCAAAGGGCUUUGUGGUUGAUGACCACUUUGAGAAGGUGUCUGUGGGAGCCUCCAACGUCGUGGAGCCCCGCAUCAUUGGCACUGCCGACGUUCCAGAGUACAAGGGCACGGCUGCUUUGGUCAGCAACAACGCCUUUGCGCUUCCCCUCGUCAAGGGUGCCAAAACCUCGUUCACCGCUAGCCCCAAGGAUUCUGCGUUGAUCGCCGAGAAGACAUGGACUUUGGGCGAGCAGGGCUUCUUGGCUGCUGCUUUCCAGGGUCUCAACAGUGCUCGUAUCGCUUGGGUUGGUUCUGAGCAAUUGCUCAACGAGGACUUGGUCCGCUGGGUGUUCCAGGAGAAGGGCGUGUUGAAGUUGCAGUUUGUUGAGCACUACAAGGCUGACGAGCCAGGUCUCUCCAACCGCACGCAGUACAGAAUCAAGAACGACGUGGUGUACACGGCCGGUGUUUCUGAGUGGAAGGACGGCCAGUGGGUGCCAUACGUCCCAGCCACUGAGGACGACGUCUUGCAAUUGUCUUUCAAGAUGUUGGACCCAUACCAGCGUUUGAACUUGACCGCUUUGGGCCCUGGCGCUUCUACUGAAAAUGGCCCCGAUGACUUGACCAUCUUCUACGUCAACUUCACCACCCCAGACCACCACGGCAUGUUCACCUUUGAAUUGGACUACAAGCGUCCUGGCUUGACUUUCAUCGAAGACAGACGCGUAGUCACCGUGAGACACUUGGCCAAUGACGAGUACAAGCGUUCGUGGGACAUCCCUAACUCCUGGUUGUACUUGGUGACUUUUGGCACCGUCGUGGCUGCCUGGUUCUUGUUCGUCAUGAACUUUUUGUACAUCGGCGAGAAGAAGCCCAACGGAGCAUCUGCCGCCAAGGAGGCUGCAGAGAAGAAGGCCGAAAAGAAAUAG